GGGGUGGUUUAGACGAUGCAGCAGGCAGAGACAGGAAAAGAACGAGUGAGAAACCUGCCCGCAGAGAGGACAGAGAGGAUAAUAAUCAUGUCCGCCACCUGGAAGCAGCUCUUUUUUCAGAUCCUCCUGCUUCUCGUCUCCUGCAGACACAUCAAUACAAAGACACCUGGCCCAACGCCCCCGCCGCUGGAUCCCAUCAGUCCCCUGCCAAACGAUGUAAGGAGCUUUGUUCUUAAAGGUGAAAGUCACACUGAGAAAGUUGAACUGUCGAAGGCUGUCAAUCUGGUACUGGAGUGUAUCUGGACUGGUAACCAGAACAAACUACCAAACAUAACUGGGUUCUGGAGAAAAGAUGGGGAUGAAAUUGAGAACAGCCGUCUCACAGUGCAGUUGGAGAAUGACCAGUAUAAUCUCAAACGAGAGUUCAGCAUUGUCAGCGAAGAAAACCUCGGAAACUACUCAUGCGUGUUUGGAAGUGAAGCAAAAAUAGACUUUGUUGUGGGAGCUCCACAGAUUGGUGAGAUGCGAGAUAAGCCGAUAGUCAGCUAUGUGGGGGACUCUGUGGUGAUUACAUGUAAAAUGGAGGAAACCAAACCGAAACCCAACACCUGGAACUGGUAUAAAGCUAAUGGUACAGAGAAGGAGCAGAUUUUCGCUGAUGCGGAGCCUCACCGGUAUGAAAUCAAAAACGAGGAGAGGAAGACCACACUGGUGGUGCACAACCUGACAGAGACCGACUCCGGCUUGUUCUACUGCGGUGCUGUGUACACCAUCGGCACCACGGUGGGCCACAUGGAGCUGAGGGUCAUCACUAUCUACGAGCCUCUGAAGCCCUUCAUAGCCAUUGUGGUCGAAGUGAUCGUCCUGGUCGCCGCCAUCCUGCUCUACGAGAGAAGUCAGUCCAAGAAAAACUACACAACAGAAAAUGGACCGAAUGACCAAACUAACACGCUGACACAGGGAGAAAAUAAUGGAUCAGAGGGAAGUUCUUCAAUGAGACAGCGGAAGGUUUAAAGACUGCAAAUACAACAGAACCAAGCUUCUUUAAAACUGUUGACAUAUUUUGACUAUAGCAAUAUCUCAUCAACUGUUUUGUGAAUAUGAAGUCUAUUAUAGUACCAAUAUUUUCACCAAAAAAAAAAAAGCGCAAUAACUACCACUUAACAAUCACUCCUUUGAUUCGUACAAAAGUAGCCUCUUUUAUGUACGAGUUACAUUUUCAGUUUCUAGUUUCACUGGAAGAUAUGUUUCUUAUUUUUAAUCCACAGUGGUGUCAUGACGGCUAAAAGAGCAAAGCAUAGAUUUUUUUUGUCUUGAACCCUGUAUUUCUUCACUUCCUGUGGAAAAACUGAGACAAUGUGGUUGAGUUCUGACAUCGCUAUGCCUUUGACAUUUCUCUUUCACAACGGAAAUGCAUUUUCUUCUUUAUGCAUUAUGGUUUGUGAGCAGUGCCUUACACUCUUCAAAAGCACUUAAUUAACCAUUCAUACUGUGCUUGCAACUACUUUGUCACUUUUUAGAGUUUGUCCUUACAGUAAUGUUGAGUGGCGCAUUGCAUUUGUUAUUUUCUUUCACAUAAACCAUUAUGAAAAUGAUACAUUAUUGAUUUAAAUUAAUACCUUAAAAUUAUGAAUUAUGCAUACAGUACUCAUUACUCGGAAGCAUAUUAGGCAUAUGCGAGUGAUUGUAUUACCAGUGGCUCCCCCUUGGGGGGGGGGGUGUAAUACUGGUAAUACUGUAAUGUGUGCCUCACAUGCUGUAUAUUACCUUAAUAAACGUGUAUAUCAAGAUAUAUCAUCAUGUAUGCAGAUGCUUGUGUAUCUUUUUCAUGUUAAUGUAUCAGAAGAUGGUCCGAAAGGUCAUAUUUCCUCCUAAUCAUGACUUCAACUGUGCGUCUUUACUUGUCAAUCAACUUUACCUAAAAGGUGUGCCACUGUAUACGUAAACAAGCAAAAUAAAACUACACGUCACA